CUGCGCCGGCGCCCGGCCCGGUCGCGGCGGCCUGCGGGCGUCAGGCGGCGAGCCCCGGGGCCAGCAGCCGCAACGCUGCACGGGCGAGCAAGCGGGAGAUGCCGAAGCUGCGCGGGGAAGCCUUUUGGAGGGAGACGCUGCGGAGCGCCCACUACGUGGUGGCGCCCAUGGUGGACCAGAGCGAGCUGGCCUGGAGGCUACUGAGCCGCCGCCACGGCGCCCAGCUCUGCUACACACCGAUGCUGCACGCCCAGGUCUUCCUCAGGGACGCCAACUACCGCCGAGAGAACCUCUACGACGAGGCCUGUCCCGAGGACCGGCCGCUUAUCGUGCAGUUCUGUGCCAAUGAUCCCGAAGUGUUUGUCCAAGCAGCACUAUUGGCUCAGGAUUACUGUGAUGCCAUAGACCUAAAUUUGGGUUGCCCCCAAAUGAUUGCAAAGAGAGGUCACUAUGGAGCAUUUCUGCAAGAGGAGUGGGAUCUUCUUCAGAGAAUGGUUUUACUGGCUAACGAGAAGCUCUCUGUUCCCAUCACAUGCAAAAUCCGCAUUUUCCCAGACAUUGACAAGACAGUGAAGUAUGCACAGAUGCUGGAGAAAGCUGGCUGCCAGCUGCUGACUGUGCACGGCCGUACUAAAGAACAGAAAGGACCACUUGCUGGUGUGGCAUCCUGGGAGCACAUUCAAGCUGUAAGAAAAGCUGUAAACAUUCCUGUAUUUGCAAAUGGAAACAUCCAGUGUCUCAGCGAUGUGCAAGAAUGCAUCCGUAAGACAGGAGUACAUGGUGUCAUGAGUGCAGAAGGUAAUCUUCAUAACCCAGCUUUGUUUGAGGGCCGGAACCCAUUGGUGUGGGAGAUGGCUGAGGAGUAUCUGGAGAUAGUGCGGAAGUACCCAUGUCCAUUGUCUUAUGUUAGGGCUCAUCUCUUCAAGCUCUGGCAUCACACGCUUCAAGUUUACCAGCAGCUGCGUGAAGAAUUAGCAAAAGUGAAGACUCUGGAUGGCAUUGUCGAUGUCAACAGGGAGCUGAAACUGCGAUGCCAGGAAGAAAUAGCUAAUCAGAAAGAAGGAGAAAAGCCAAAAGAAGGAUUGCCUUUUUUCCACUGGAUCUGUCAGCCAUACAUCAGGCCAGGGCCAAAGGAGAGAUGCAGGGAGAAUGGAGAAAGUGAAAUAGAAAAAGGUGCGCGGGGAAAACGUGCUCUGGAAGAAGAGGAAGAUGGAAAUUCUGAGCUUCUGUCAAAGAAUAAACAAAAAAAGAAGUUAAGAAAUCCUAAUAAAAUCUUUGAUCCAUCUUUAAAACCCAAGUAUGCAAAAUGUGAUCAAUGUGGAAACCCUAAGGGCACUAAAUGUGUGUUUAACAUGUGCCGAGGAUGCUGUAAGAAAAGGGCAUUCAAGGAGGUAGCAGAUUGCCCAGGUCAUGGAUUACUUUUUAAGACCAAGUAUGAAAAAUCCCUUUCAUGGCAGCACAGUCAAAGAGGAAUUCAAACCCCAGAGAUCAGUCAGAGAGGAGAUGCAGAGGUGGGGGAGACAGCAGUGCUGAAGGAGGCUGGUGACAGUACAGGGUGAAACUUUGGAAAUGAACAGUCCAAGAGCUCCUGCCAGACCACUACACUACUUCCCUGGGCCAAAGAAUGUGCCAUCUCCAGCUCACUGUCGUCUGUGUGAACUUCUUCCACACGGUUAAGUUCUGGAAAAGUUUUAUUUAAGUAAAAAAACUGCUUACUCAGGGAAUUAUCCUGCAUUUGAAAUAAAAGAGAUGCAAUUAAAUGUCUAAUGCUGUG